ACUAUUUUGUUUGAAGAAGGAACAGAGUAACAUAGAGAGAGAGAGAGAGAGAGAGAGACAGUGGAAGAUGUUCCAUUUCUGAAAUCAAGACCAUCAUCAUCAUUCAUCACCAGACAAAAACAGUGUUCAAUCAUUUGACAAAGCCUUCCACUUUCCAACUCACACCUUUUUCAAAAAUCAAAACUUGUGUUGGGUUGUUGUAUUGUCUCUCACUUGCUGGAUAUUUUGCCUCUGAGAAGAUAUCAGGUUUCUUUUGAUUACUAGCUUUAAACCCAUUUAUACAGACAUACAUAUAUGUGAGAAUCUGGUUCUGUUUCUCUCUGUUUAAUGCUUUACCAGUUGAGAUUCUUCAAAGUCUGGAUUUUACUUUUUUUGUUCCUUCUCUGGUAAUUCUUAUGUAUUACUACUAGUUUGCUUCAUCUUCACUUCUCUCAUUUCUUUUAAAUAUUUAAUUUUUCCCGAAGGGUUUUCUUGUUUCUGACAAAUAAAAACCUUUUUUAUUUUCUCUCUGCUGGGAACUUACAAUAAUCAAUUAUCUGUCCUGAGUUUUAUGACAACUCAAGUUGUCUUCUUGUUCAGAGUUCUGUAAUAGAGUACUAUAAUAAUGAUAAGUAUUUAGUGUUGUUUUUUCUUUGUUCCUAACUACCAUUCUACAUUGCAUACAUUGAGUUGUUGUCGUCGUCCAUUCCACUCCCACUUCCUCUUUGAUAUUUUUUUUAUUCUGUCAGAAGUUGGAUCUCGUUUCAUUUGAGCUAAGAAAAAUGUUAAUUUCAGCUGAAAAAGAAGAGAUCUUGAUCUCUCAAUCUCCAGUUAGCUCAAUGUCGGUCCCUGAAUCUUUUGAAUCGCCACAACCUGUUCCUUUGGUCUACACCGAUGUAACUGUUGUUCCCGAGCAUGAGAGAAAUGAGCUUGAAAAGUCAAUAUCAAGCCUCGAAGGGGAGGUUUUGGAAUUGAAGUCAAAGCUAAAGUCAUUGGAUGACAAGAGAAAGGAAGUUCUGAAUAAGAUUAUAGACACUAAAGGAAGCAUACGUGUGUUUUGUAGAGUUAGGCCAUUUCUAUUGACAGAAAGGAGACCGAUCAGGGAACCUGUUUCGUUUGGAUCAGACAAUGUUGUUGUUAGAUCUGCUGGUGUUCGAAAGGAGUUUGAGUUUGAUAAAGUUUUCCAUCAAUCAGCAACUCAAGAAGACGUUUUUGGAGAAGUGAAACCGAUUCUUAGAUCUGCACUCGAUGGUCACAAUGUGUGUGUCUUGGCAUAUGGUCAAACUGGGACAGGAAAGACUUUCACCAUGGAUGGCACAAAUGAGCAACCAGGCCUGGCUCCUAGAGCUAUUAAGGAGCUUUUCAAUGAAGCUUCAAUGGAUCAUACACAUUCGGUGACUUUUACGAUGAGUAUGCUGGAAAUCUACAUGGGUAACUUGAAAGAUCUUUUGUCUGCAAGACAGCCUCUGAGGUUUAAUGAAGCCUCAACUAAAUGCAACCUCAAUAUUCAAGUAGACUCAAAGGGUUCGGUCGAAAUUGAGGGUUUGACUGAAGUGGAAGUGCCUGACUUCGCAAAGGCUAGAUGGUGGUACAACAAAGGAAGACGAGUCAGAUCAACUUCUUGGACAAAUGUGAAUGAAGCUUCAAGCAGAUCUCAUUGUUUAACAAGGAUUACAAUCUUUCGUCGAGGGGAUGGUGUGGGGUCAAAAACUGAAGUUAGCAAGCUUUGGAUGAUAGAUCUCGGAGGAAGCGAGAGGCUCUUAAAAACCGGUGCAAUAGGGCAAACUCUGGAUGAAGGAAGGGCCAUAAACCUCUCACUUUCCGCUCUUGGAGACGUGAUUGCAGCUUUAAGGAGAAAGAAGGGUCAUGUGCCCUACAGAAAUAGCAAGCUAACUCAAAUCCUUAAAGAUUCUUUAGGUACUAGAUCAAAGGUUCUGAUGCUUGUGCACAUAAGUCCACGUGAUGAAGAUGUCGGUGAAACAAUAUGCUCUCUGAGCUUUACAAAACGUGCGAGAGCCAUAGAGUCUAAUAGAGGAUUAACAGAAGAACUUCGAAAGCUAAGAGAAAAGAAAAUAUCAGAACUUGAAGAUGAAAUGCAAAACACUCAAGAAAGUUGCAAGAAGAUCAUAACGCGCUUACAGGAAGCAGAGUGCCUGCUUACUGAAAACAAGAAACUCUUGCGGACCACUCAUGAGAAGUAUGAAGAAGACAUGGAAGAGAAACUUCUUUCACCUAUAAAUCAUCUCAAAGAGACUGAUGCAACUCCAAAAUCAUCUGAUAAACUUGUUAAAAUAAGCAAGAGUUCAGGGUUUGUCCCACGUUUCAUGACUUCAACUGUUACUAGUCGUCUAAGGCAAACAAUGUCAGAGAAGGAAAUCAAUGCAAGGCCUCAGAGCAUAAGAUCAGUUGCUAAAACUCUUACUCAGAUCUCCACUUCUCAGUCGCUUAGCCUCUCUGACUCACGUAGCAGAGGUCUCCUUCGAAGAUCAUACACAAAGCCGAUUCAAACUGCAUCUAACAGUGGAACACCAGAAGCGCCUAAAAGGGAUAUCAAAGACCUUUCUUUCCAGAAAAAGAAUCUCAAUGAUACUUCUUUGCCAAGGAGCAAGAUGGUUACUUCAUCAGAUCCGAAUGUGAGAGCUAAACUUUGUCAUCACAGGAGAAGAAUGUCAAGCUUGACAUGAUCUAACAUAAGUCAAUCAAGAACCAAGUCUUUCUUUUUUUCUUUUUACAUGCCCUUAUGAAUUUGCGAGUUCUAGUCUAGGUGAUGGUCCAGUUGGGAGUUGAGGGCCAUUGGCACUUGUGGAUGUUGCAGUUCUGGUUUUAUAAGGACACAACACUCAAGUUACUCUUUGUUCUUACAGCUGAGAGCUUGCCUAUAUGUUUUGUUUUGUGUGGGAUUGUUUUCUCAAAUCUUUCUUUGGAUUGGUGUUAGCUUUUGAUUUUGGAUGUUCUUAUGGUGUUGACAGAAACUGGAUCAUAAUUAAUACUUCAGAUCCAGUCUUA